GGGUAAUAAUUCGUUUAAUUACAAAUCUACAACAGUAUUAAUCCCGGCCACAACCAGACAGCCAGGCUGUCUUGCCAUAGGAGAGUGAACUUUUUUGCUUAUCUUUUUCAUUGGCUUCAUGUAUACCAAUUUGUAUUGGCUAUAUCCUCUAUAAUCUAUAUAUAUAUAUAUAGCCUAUAGGCCGGGGAAUUGCUCAUCUGCUCAUGACAUGGUUGAAGCAACCAAGCUACGCCUUCAAUAUGGUGAAUACAUGUCAGGCUUUACAAAGGCGCUGUAAUUACUCGAUCGUUCCAAGAUAGUCGGCGAGGUUCAUGGCUUUUGCUUCACUUUUCCCGUCGACUCUCCACCUCCUCCGCUCCGAGUCUUCCUCGACCAUAAUUUGUAGGGCUCCGUCUUCUCAACCCAUAAGAUUUGAUUCCAGGAUUUUCCUUCUCUUUUAUUAGAAGUACUGAAAUAGUAGUAUACAGAAAGGUUCUAAGUAGCUGAUCAUAUAUCAGACUAGAAGUGAAACCCAGCUGCAAAGUUUCAUAACAAAAGGAAAAUCAAAGAUGGGUUUCUGGUCACUCUUUGAGGUGGCAUCCAUGCCAAUCUUGCAAGUCCUCUUAAUCAGUAUAUUGGGAGCGUUCAUGGCCACUGAGUAUCUAAAUCUUCUCCCAGCGGAUGCCCGAAGAUCCUUAAACAAGAUUGUCUUCAUGGUGUUCACUCCAUCACUGAUGUUUGCCAGUCUGGCCAAGACUGUUACGCUUCAAGACAUCAUUUCAUGGUGGUUUAUGCCAGUAAACAUUGGACUUACCUUUUUAUUUGGAGGAAUUCUUGGAUGGGUAGUUGUAAAAAUAUUGAGGCCGAAGCCUCAUCUGGAAGGCCUGAUCAUCGCUACAUGUUCAUCAGGAAACUUGGGAAACCUUCUCCUUAUUAUUGUCCCUGCAAUCUGUAACGAGGAUGGGAGCCCAUUUGGUGACCGUAAUAGUUGCAGCUCUGUUGGACUGUCUUAUGCAUCUUUCUCCAUGGCGCUUGGUGGUUUCUUCAUCUGGACUUACACUUACCAGUUGAUACGAACCUCGUCCAUGAAAUUCAAAGCACUUCAAGCAACUGAGGAGGUCUCAAAGACACCUAACAAUGAUUUAGACGCUGAUGGGGAAAGUCACCUUCUCAAGGGAGAAGAUCAAGAACAUGUUGCUAUAAGUGUGUCAUCGAUCAAAUCUAUUGAAGACACUGAAAACCAAGCUAUUGUAGCCCAUGAAUCCGCCAGUACAGUGGAGAAGCGAAAUAUAUCAUUCUGGACUAAACUAGUUGGACUUCUUCACCCGAUUCUGGAGGAGCUUUUGGCACCCCCAACACUAGCUGCUAUUGUGGGACUCAUCGUUGGGGCAGUAACAUGGCUGAGAAACCUAAUGGUUGGGGAUGGCGCCCCGCUGCGGGUGAUCCAAGAUUCUAUUCAAUUACUCGGGGAUGGGACAAUUCCUUGCAUCACUCUUAUACUGGGGGGCAACCUAACUCAAGGCUUACGCUCAUCAAAAGUGAGACUGUCAAUCAUCAUUGGAGUGGUGUUCGUUCGAUACGUCCUACUUCCUGUAAUUGGUAUUUGGGUUGUUAAAGCAGCUGCCAAUCUUGGGUUCCUCCCAUCGGACCCUUUAUUCCACUUUGUGUUAAUGAUUCAGUUCACCCUGCCUCCUGCCAUGAAUAUUGGCACCAUGACCCAGCUUUUUGAUGUGGCUCAAGAAGAGUGUUCUGUUCUCUUUCUGUGGACAUACGUGAUUGCAGGACUUGCACUGGCAGUAUGGUCAACAGUCUUCAUGUGGAUCUUGUCUUAAGGAGCUUUACCAUCGCUGAAGACAUCAAACCAUUAUAAGUGGUCCAUUUUGUUACAUACAUUUAUACAAUAAUGUAUUCUUUUCUCUCUUGUACGCUCCAGUGUGUUAUUUGUGUGUAGAUUUUCAGGUAUAUCUUCAAAGUCGCAUGCUUUCACGUCCUCUGUAUGAAAUGUUCUUUCUGUUACAUUGUUUCUUUGGAUUCA